AUGUGCACGCUAGACAAACGCGGCAACCUUUUCGUCCUCACCCUCACCGGCAACGACGAGCACCGCCUGAACCCGACCCUGAUCGACUCCAUCCGGGCCGCGCUAGACCGGGUCAGGUCCGAGUCAACGGACGCCGCCGCUCUCAUCACCACCGCCCACGGCAAAUUCUUCUCCAACGGUUACGACCUUCGGUGGGCGCUGUCCGACCCGGAUCCGAUCCGAUCAGAGGCCUUGGCCCGCCCCAAGGCGAUGUCCGCGAAGUUCCGGCUCCUGAUCGCGGACCUCAUCUCCCUCCCGAUGCCGACCAUCGCCGCCGUCACCGGCCACGCCUCCGCCGCCGGGUUCGGCCUGGCCCUGUGCCACGAUUACCUGCUGAUGAGCCGGGACCGAGGGUUUCUGUACAUGAGCGAGCUCGACAUCGGGUACAAAAUCCCCAAUUUCCUGUUCGCCCUAGUGAAGGCCCGGGUCGGCCCGCCCCGGAGUUGGCGGAACGUGGUGCUCAGGGCGGAGAAGAUUACGGCGGAAACGGGGGUGGAUUGGGGGAUCGUGGACUCGGCCCACGAGAGCGCCGGCGAGACCCUCGAGGCGGCGCUGAGGCUGGGAGGGGAUCUGGCGGGUCGGAAUUGGGACGGAAAGGUUUACGCAGAUUGUCGGAGGACGGUGCUCGCCGACCUGGUGGCGGCGCUCGGGUCGGACGAGACGGUGGGGGAUGGCGGCGAGGGGACGACGGCGGUCUCGAGAUUGGUGAUUGUUGAUGAGAAAGUUGAUUCUACUAAGAAAAAUGACACUUCGGUUUUGUCGGGCGAUCAGCCUAAAGUGGUGGUGAAGGAGGUUGAGGAAGAUUUGGGGUGGGAUGAAAUUGAGGACAUUGGAAGUGGUGAUGAGAAAGAACCCAGCAGAACCGAGCUGAAGAAACGGUUGAGUGCUGGUGAAGAUGAUGAGAAUUUGAGUUGGGAUAUUGAGGAUGAUGAUGUUGAUGAGCCGUGUAAGCUUCACUUUUGA